AUGUCCAGCGCAGAAGAGACCUCUCCGACCAUUGGGGACCCUUACACCAACCCCAGCGAAGCAUCGAGGAUGCCGCCGGUGACUCGUUACAUCACUGGCCAUAACGCGGCCGGGAAGGCGAUUGUACAAUCCUCGUCCCAAAUCUCUACUAAUCUGGGGGACCACUUCCGGCCUGGCGUAAAAAAUGACAUGGGAUUCAACGUCGUGUACGCGACAUCCCAGUUUCCGCCCAACUUGAACGAUGAUGCGGAUAUUGCGGCUCAUGAACGGAUCACCCAGUCCGGCCUACUCGGUCUAACCAACCCCAAUGGAGUUGUUCUUCGGGCCAUGGACUUCCCGCCGGGGGCCCCGGCUGCUCUUCAUCGGACCCAGAGUCUGGAUUACGGAAUUGUGCUGCAUGGGGAGGUGGAGAUGGUCAUGGAAGAGGGAGAGCCCGUACGCCUGCGCCCUGGGGAUAUUGCGAUUCAGCGAGCCACCAUCCAUGGUUGGCGCAACCCUAGUGCUACCGAGUGGGCUCGGGUCAUCUUUGUUCUACAAGCCUGCCAGCCAGUGACGGUGAAUGGGAUACGGUUGGAGGAAGACCUGGGACAUCUGGAGCCACAUAUCAAACCGAGUGAGCCGAUUCAGUAG